CGGCACCGAUGGACACUGUAGCGCUUCUUUUUUGUUUUUUAGCAAGCUCUCUCUAAUUUUUCAGCAAAGUCUCCAUUGUGUCAAAUGAAAGAGUAUUUGGACACAUUAAAUUACCUUAUCUAUUCUGCAAUUAUCGACCUUCUUAAUUUUUUGUCAUCAAUCCAUCCAUCUGAACCACUUCGUCAUAUUGGGACAUGUGUAUAUAUUAUGCCUAAAUGUGGCAUUUAUAUUAUAAUUGUAUCGGUUUUGUUAAUUGUAUUAAUUGUAUUUAGCUGCAUCUAUGAUUUUAAAUUAAUUUUCGUGGACAUAUGCAGUACUGUACAUUACGAUUUAGUCAAUUUGUGACUAAUAUUGCUUAUUGAAAAUAGUGCAUGGACAAAAUAUUGCGAGUGGAGGUGUGGACUAACCAUGUCAGUGAUGUUAAUAUGUGCGCGUGCGCGCGUGUGUAUAUGUGCGAUUUUAACACGGCAGCAAAUUUAAAUUACUGCAAGUAUAUUACAGAUAAAUAUCAAAUGAAGGAAGCAGUGUAACCUUUUAUGGUUGAUGAAUUUUUUAUCGAUCCCAAACUGGAUAUAGAGCUGUGUCUGACAGCUGUUGGGUGGCCGCACAAGAGUCCAUUUCUCUCUCCCUCAUUAACACUAAUUUACAAAGACUAAAUUGAUCAGGGGUGAUAAUCAAUAGGAUAUUCACAGGCAAUAAAUUGCAAAUUUUAAUCGAACACAUUUGAUUUCCAAAAAUUUGAUGGCAACUCAUGCAUAUCAUGCAUCUCUGCAUACUUUCAAGGGAUUUAAUAGUGGGAGGUAUUUACAUGCAGGGCAGCAUGCGCGACCUGGGGAGCGUGGCGGGCAGUGAAAGUAUUUGGAAGACUUGUUUGUGACUGCACACAAAAUGAGAGCAUACAACAAGGCGCGUGCGGGGCAGUGUGUACACUUAAUCUCAUUUCCUUGUCCACGCUGCGCGUCCCGCUCCAGUUCAAUUGGCUCGCUGUAGUCACAUGACCGCUUAACUUUCUUCACUUGACAGAAAAGUAGGAGGGUUCAGCGGAACAGGAAUGACCGACGAGUAAAGGGAUGCGGUAUCAAUUUUAGUUAUAUAUUAUGUACAAGGAGUGGAAUAAAUGGUCAUGAGCUCAUACUUGAUCAACUCCAACUAUGUGGAUCCUAAAUUCCCACCCUGCGAGGAGUACUCACAUAGCGAUUAUCUACCCAGCAACUCUCCGGAUUAUUACGGCCAAAGAAAUGAAACCACCGCCUUUCUACCGGACUCUGCUCUCUACCAUCAGCAGGAGCGAUCGGAGCCACAAUACACGCUCUGUCAGCCUGCCUCGGUGGUGAUGCCCCCUCGUGGCCUGGCUAUUCCCCAGAUUGGAGUCGACCGAGACUCAGUGACACCCAGCCCGCCUCAGUCGCGGGAGCAGCCGCCCCUCAGCCGAAACACCCCCGCAAAAACAAAAAAUGACCCAGUGCUGUAUCCGUGGAUGAAGAAAGUCCACGUAAACACUGUAAAUUCAAACUACACAGGAGGCGAGCUGAAGCGCUCUCGGACAGCUUACACCCGCCAGCAGGUUCUGGAGCUUGAGAAGGAGUUCCACUACAACCGAUACUUGACGCGCAGGCGCAGGGUGGAGAUAGCGCAUACCCUGUGUCUAUCCGAGCGCCAGAUCAAAAUCUGGUUCCAGAACCGGCGAAUGAAAUGGAAGAAGGAUCAUAAAUUGCCCAACACCAAGGUCCGCUCCGGGAAUAACACAAACGCUCAAGAUUUAAAUGGCUCCACCUGA